AUGCUUUCAGAACCCUUUGUUUUACUAAAGAAUUAUCGCUAAUAGCAAGAUGCCUUAUAAUUGACAUAAAAGAAGAAAUUGAUACCCAUUCAAAAAAAGCUAGUUAAGAAAACUCAUGUACCAAAUAGAUUGCAGAAUGAAAAAGAAAGAAACCCUUAAAGGAGUCAAAUUUAGCCUGAUUAAUCCAUAGAACCUUAGAUUCAAAUGCAAUUCUAUUCAGAUGAUCAAAUAAACGAAGAUUAGUAUUCUCCUCUCCUAUUCAAUGAGAUCAAAUUCUCUUUUCAUGACUCAUUUUGUGAGAACAUAAAUCUAUCAGACGAGGCAUUUGAAAUUUGA